AUGUAUAGACGACUCUUUUAUAGUGUUGGAAAUUCAGGGUCUGUUAAAACAAGGUGGAAUGCAUCUUAUAAUUCAUGGGUUAGAUUGUUGAAGUUGCGAAAGUCAAUUGAAUGGUUGGCAAAUACUUUACCUUAUGAACCUGGAAAAGAUUCUAAAUCUGAUGCUCGUAGGCUUAAAUAUUUAUUAUUGAAGAAUUAUGAAUGGGAAUUGCUAGAAAAAAUUUUGUCACUUCUUAAACCUUUUGAAGAGGCAACAACUUUUUUUUCUGUAAAGUUUGCAUGUGGAGAAGAGCAGGAUGGUAAAGAAUUUGAUAUAAGUGUACCAAAUCUUAACAAUGUUGCAUUAAAUUUUCAGCGAAAAAUUUAUAAUUCUUUAUUUGAUUAUUGGGAUAAAACUUCAGAUCUUGGUUUACUGGCAACUAUAUUGGAUCCUCUAAAUGAAAAUUCUUCAAAUUUGUCAGAAACAUCAAGAUAUUCAUCUAAUUUUUUUGAAUCAAUUUUUGAUAAUGAAGAACAUGAUGAGAUAUCUGAAGUCGAUAAAUAUUUGGAUCUUCAAAGAAUGUCAGAAGCACCUCUAGAUUUGGGAACAUUUUUGGAUGCCUUUCAACUCAAAAUAUCACAGGGAAAACAAAAAUUUACUCACUUUCUAAGUUGGUAG